AUGGCCUCCCAAGAAGUUGACAGUGCAGAGCUGGGGACAGCCCCUGCCUCAGCCUUCGCAGAUGGUGCCCGAGGAAGCCAUGCGGCCCCACAGGGGGCGUAUGAACCCCCCUACCAGCCCGCUGAUAGACCACAGGAGGACCAGAAGGGAGAGCUGCAAGCCUUGGGGGCCGUCCAGAUCCUGACAGGAGCCAUGGUUCUGGCACUGGGCAUUGUUCUGGGUUCCUUACUGGACGUAUUCAGCCUCUUCAAGCACUACUUCUUCAUCUUGUACACAGCCUACCCACUGUGGGGCGCCGUGCUGUUUAUUUGUUCAGGAUCCCUUUCUGUUGCAGCCGGGAGAAAACCCACAAGAAUGUUGAUGCAAAACAGUUUUGGGAUGAACAUUGCCAGCGCAACAAUUGCACUAGUUGGGAUUAUUUUUCUCUCCAUAAAUUUAGCAGUUAAUGUGCAGGCUCUCAAGAAUUGUCGGUUUUCAUCGUCUGGAGGCUUAUGCGUUUUAAUGGGCAACUUAUCAAAUGGCCUGCUGUCUGUAAUGCUGCUCCUUACCGUGCUGGAACUGUGUGUGACCCUCGCGGUCUCAGCCAUGUGGUGCAAAGCAAACAGCUGUAAUUCAAGAGAGGCAAUUUCCUCACCUCCCAAUUCUGUGGAAUCAGGAAUGCCUCCUGGUGAAAACUAAGGAAACUCAACUGCAAAUCCCCAGUGAUUCAGAGCCUCAUCCAUGACCUCUGGAGGACACGAGCCUAUAAAUCCAGUUCCUACAUUCUCACAACAGUCAGGAGAAACUUGUACUAGUGCUGAGGAGGAAAGUCCAGAAUGA